AUGCCCCGCCGCAGCGCGACCUCGUCGGCAUCCACCGACACGACCACGACUACAACGCUCCCAGAAAAGGUCCAAUGGCCGUCGACGUUUACAGACGGACUGCCACUUCCUAAGAUCGUCGUGUUCGAUCUCGACUACACGCUAUGGCCCUUCUGGGUUGACACGCACGUCACGCCUCCGCUGAAACCUGUCGAAGGCGGCCUGAAGGUCAAGGACAAAUAUGGCGAGGGCUUCGGCUUCUACAACGAUGUCGGCGGCGUGUUAGAAGCACUCAAACACAAGAACAUCCUCAUCGCCGCUGCCUCGCGCACGUGCGCCCCCGAUCUCGGCCGCGAAACGCUCAAGCUCCUCAAGAUACCCAGCGCAAACGGAUCGUCCUCACGCGCGAUAGACUAUUUCGAUCACAUGCAAAUAUACCCCGGCAGCAAGACGACGCAUUUCCAGAGGAUACAUAGAGACAGCGGGAUCGAGUACGAGGAGAUGCUUUUCUUCGACGAUGAGAGCAGGAACAAGAAUGUGGAGGUACUGGGAGUGACUAUGCAGCUUAUAAAAGACGGUGUGACAAGAGAUGAGAUUGACAGAGGCGUGCAGAGUUGGAGAAAGAGGAAUGGACGGACAAAGGCGCUGGAAGGCUGA